AUGUCGGGAAAGUACUCCGGCCUCCCCGACAUCGAUUCUGCACCGGACAUCUACGAAACGGUAGACGAGCCAGUCGUCGGCGCGCACCGCGAUGAUGAUGAGGACCCCAAGAAGAUCGUGAGCCGGAGCGAGGACAUCGAUGUGGGCGACCUUCCAUCUCGCCGCCGCGCGCUCAAGGUGUUCACCGAACCGAGUGAUCACUCUGAUCCUCCACGAGAGACGCAGCUGUCACGCCUGCGGCGCCUGCAGGCCGAGGUCGCGCAACUGGAGCGCGAGCUUCAGACUUCUCCCGCUCCUGUUACUAUUCGCUCCGACUCAGCGAAGCGCAAGUCCGUCCUGCCGCCGCGUCAGGCGGUCGAUGUGGUCUCCGAGCUUUCAGCAUUGCGCGAGCGGCUGAACGCUGCCAGCGAAGGCGCGACGAUCUCCGAGCGGAAGGACUUUGCGGGUCGCCUAGCGCGCUUGGAGGCUGCGCCUGAGCGGAAGGAGGGCGUUUCUUCCCCAUCGCCUGUCAAUUUACGUGUCGGUGAUGUCGACAAGCGGCUUGCGGUGCUUGAGCGCGCCGUUGGCGUUGCAGACACAGAGGCGGACAGUAGCCAGGUCUCGCUCUCGGACACACUUGCCCGCUUGGACCACUUCAUGAACCUCCUUACUCAACCUCGUCAUCUCGAUUCGGUUGCGCGACGCGUGAAACUUCUACUGGCCGAUCUCGACCGGGCUGCCGCGUCCCGGCGGCCAGGAGCACCUGCUUCCGCACCUGGCGCAGCCACGCUUUCUCCUUCUGACCUUGAGCGCUUGCAGUCAAUUUUCAGCCUCCUUCCCCGUCUGGACCCUCUGCUUCCCAUCAUCCCUCCGCUCCUCACCCGCCUUCGCAGCUUGUCUACGCUCCAUGCCGAGAGCAUUGCCAUCGCCGACGAUCUGCGAGAGUUGCAGUCAUCGGACAGGGCUAUGGCCGAGGAGGAGCGUGAGCUGCGUGCUGUCGUUGCGGGUGUGCAGCAAGGCAUGGUUGACGCGAGCGUGUCGAUCAGCAAGAACUGGGAAAGCGUGCAGGCGCGCUUGACCGCGCUCGACGACAAGCUCACUAGACUAAAUUUGUAGAUUUUGUAUAAUGCAUGUGUUAUAGCUU